AGCGGAGUGACAUUAUAAUCCAAAAACUGGAAAUCAAAGCUUUUCUUCGCUGCAUGCAUUCAGUUCAGUGGCCCACUGCACCGAAGGCGUUUUUUUCCCUCUUCUGUUUCUUUACGCUGUGUGCAUUUGUGCAUAAAUAAAUACAAAACUGGUGACAUGUAGAAAAGACGCAAGUCAAAUUUACAAAGCGGAGCGAGCAGAAGGAAGGUGUCUGUAAAUACCAAGUGCAUGCGCUGGACGGCAGCCUGGACUCGAGGGGUGCGCUGAGAUUACCCUGCCUGCUGCUCUGGAAGCGGCACAUCCUUGUGAACUCGAUCAGCACAGUACAGCGCUGGCUGCGAUUUUAACCGUCACUGCGCGAAGAACAUAAUGGCAUACUAGAAAACGGGAUUUAAAAGAAAUAGUGGUUUGCUGUGAAGCUACACCGGAAAGUUCGGAACCAAGAACUGUUUUGCAGUCAGAACAUAAAAGAACUAAAAUAUAUUACAAGAUGUCUGUGCCGAAUGUGCUUGCAAAGGCCCUUUACGACAAUGUGGCGGAGUCUCCAGACGAGCUUUCCUUCCGCAAGGGUGACAUCAUGACGGUGCUGGAGCAGGACACGCAGGGGCUGGGUGGCUGGUGGCUCUGCUCCCUGCACGGGCGGCAGGGCAUCGCCCCGGGCAACCGCAUGAAGAUCCUGGUCGGCAUGUACGACAAGAAGCAGGAGGGGGGAGGCCAGCCUCUGUUCCCCCAACAAACCCCUCCUCAGACCCCACUGCCUUUCCACAAGCAGAGCUACAGCACGCCCUCCCCUGCCUCGCAGUACACUGCCAUGCAUCCGGUUUUCCAAAACCCCACAGACAACGUCUACAUGAUGCCCCCCUCUCACGGCAAGGGGCAGACGCAGAGCAUUUACCAGGUGCCCCCCGGCCCCCAGUACCAGGGAACCCUGAGAAAGCCGCCCCUCUUCCAGAAGCAGGGUAGCCAACAGCAGUACCAGAGCCAGUCUCAGAGCAUUUACCAGGUCCCUCCGUCGCUAGGCCAGUCGCAGGACAUUUACCAAGUCCCACCAGGGUCCAAGAGCCCCCCUCAGGAUGUUUACCAGGUGCCCCCUUCCAUGAACCAAAACCAGGACAUCUACCAAAUCCCUCCGUCUAUGGAGAAGAGGAGCUGGGAGUCUCCCAAGCCACCGGGAAAGGUGGUAGUCCCGACAAGAGUGGGACAGGUCUACGUGUACGACUCCGGCAAGACGGAGCAAGACGAAUAUGACAUUCCUCGGCAGGAGAUUUACGAUGUCCCACCAACCAGGGGGGCUCCUGUGAGCCAGUACAGCCAGGAGGUGUAUGACACCCCUCCGAUGGCCGUCAAGGGUCCCAACAGCCGGGAAACGGUCCAGGAGAUCUACGACGUGCCACCCAGCGUGGAGAAGAACCUGCACAGCCAGAUGCAGUCCCAAACGGUUUAUGACUUCCCCCCGUUGGUCAGCAAAGACGUUCCGGACGGACCUAUCAGAGAAGAGACUUAUGACGUGCCCCCGGCUUUCAUGAAAAUGAAGAAGAGCCCUGAGAUCAAGCAUGGUCUCUCCCAGGUCCUCCCGCAGUGCCCCCCUGGGCUGGAGCAGCACAUCCCAGAGGACGUGUACGACGUGCCCCCCCUAUCGGGGAAGCUCCAGGACAUGAGCCUCGCCCAGGAGAUCUAUGACAUCCCGGCCAGCCUGAGGAGGACCAGCGGCAGCCAGGACGUGUACGACUUCCCCAGGGAGCACCAGGGCUCCUCAAUGGGGAGCAAGCUCAUGUCAAGCGAGGAAUCGGGCGACUACAUCUACGACGUGCCACCACAGGUGGUGCGAGACCCCGCCUCGGCCGAGGAAAGGACCAUCAGCUUCAAGAGGCUGUCUGCCUCCAGCACCGGCAGCACCAGGAGCAACCUCUCCACCUCCUCCCUGGAUGUCAUCCCCGUCAAGGAGUCCUCCAUGGCCAAGGAGCUGAACUUGGACUUGGACGUUGCCAUGGAGGUGCUGGUCAAACUCCAGCACAACGUGGAGAGCUCAGUCUCCUGCCUCAUGUCCUUCAUUAGCAGCAGCUGGAGGAGCCAGGAGCAGAUGGAGACCCACCUCCAGAGCAUCAAGUCAGCCGUGGAGCGGGUGAAGAACUCGGUGAAGGACCUGCUGGAAUUCGCCCGCGGGGCUGUCAGCAACGCCGGUCAAGCCACUGACCGCACGCUGCAAGCCAAGCUGGGAAAGCAGGUGCAGAAGAUGGAGGAGGGCUACCAGGGACUGCUAAAGCACAGCCAGGCACUGGACAACUGCAACUGGGCCCUCAGUGAGCUGGCAGCAGGCAAGCCCAGCUCGGGCGACGAGCUGGACCGCUUUGUCAUGUGCUCCAGGGGCAUCCCCGACGACACCAAGCAGCUGGCUUCUUUCCUCCACGGGAACGCCUCUCUGCUUUUUAAAAGGACAAAGCAGCAGCAGCAGCAGCAGCAGGCCCCGCAGACGCCCCAGCUUGGAGACUCUCGGCUCUCUGCGUCUCAGGCAGGGUUGGAGAACGUGGGCCAGGUAACCAACAACAACAAUGUCUCGGCCUACCAGACAGGCCUCCCUGAGAAGGCCAACAUCCAGUCGAGGCCUCUGCCAUCACCACCAAAGUUCAUGGCAGAGGAGUCCCCGGACAGCCAGUACGAAAACACGGAAGAGGGCUGGAUGGAGGAUUACGACUAUGUUCAUUUACAGGGUAAAGAGGAGUUUGAAAAGACUCAGAAGAAGCUGCUAGAAAAAGGAAACAUUAUCCGGCAGAGCAAAUCAGUGCUGGAGCAGCAGCAGCUGAAGCAGUUUGAGCGUCUGGAGCAGGAGGUGAGCCGGCCCAUCGACAACGAUGUCUCCAACUGGACACCCCCGACGCACUACGCCCAGGUGAGGAGCAAGCUGAGCCCCGGAGACCAGCAGCUGCUGCUCUUCUACAUGGAGCAGUGUGAGGCCAACAUCACCAUGCUGACCAACGCCAUCGACGCCUUCUACACCUCCAUCACCAGCAACCAGCCGCCUAAGAUCUUCGUGGCCCACAGCAAGUUCGUGAUCCUGAGCGCGCACAAGCUGGUCUUCAUCGGGGACACGCUGUCCCGGCAGGCCAAGGCGCAGGAGAUCCGCAGCAAGGUGACGCAGCACAGCAACCUGCUCUGCGACACGCUGAAGGAGAUUGUGGUGAGCACCAAGAGUGCCGCCCUGCAGUACCCCUCGCCCACCGCGGCCCAGGACAUGAUGGACAGGGUGCGCGACCUGGUCAACACCACGCAGCACUUCCAAAUGGUGCUGGCACAGCUGGCAGCCAUGUGAGGAUGGAUUUUAUCAGACUUUUUAUUGUGCUUUUUAGAUUUAAAAGGACUUAUUAUCGGACUGUGAAAGACCAUUGGUUGUAAAUUAAUGAUUGUAAAUAUUUUUUUUUUUAAGAGAUACUACUAGCAAGAGGGGAAAUUAAUUAACUAUAUAUAUAUAGUUUCUUUUCUGGUCAAUUUCAAUGAGGAAAAAAAGUAGUUUUUAGAUGAUAUUGAUUAUUAUUAUUAUAAUUAUUAUUGUUGUUGAUGUUAUUAUUAUGAGAAAAUUAAUCAAAGGGUGUUUCAAUUUCAAACACGUGUAUAUAGAAGUGCUGUUUUCUUCUCGGGUGAUCAGAAAGGUUUUUAAAAAACUAUCCUGUAAUGAGAGAGGAAAAAAAAAAAAAUUAUUUUUCAGAGGUGAUUUUAAAUGACGCAGAGCAGAGGUGGGAUUCUGUUCUCUGGCUCUUGUUAAUAUGAUGGCGCAUGGAGACCACCUGAAAUCCUGGAGCGGAGGGAGGGAGAGCAAAGAAAAGUUUGUACUGUGACAGACAAUUAUUACAGACGUCAGUGAUCUGCAUUGUCAGGGGACCGUUUUAAUUAAAGAACUCUCUGUGCUAAUUAAAAGGUCCUAAUUAAGUGGAAUGAAUCAUUUCCACAGUAUCUCUUAGCUCUGGUGAUGAAA